UGUAUUGGUGGGCACUGGCGUGCAUAUAAAAUCCCAAGUCAGCAACAAACAUUUAACAAAAACGCGUAUCUAUAAAAAAAUCACUUGCUUCGAGCUCACAUAAAAAGAAAACCAUGAAGUUUGAAGGCGUUUUAUUCACUUACUACGAACCCAAAAGUCUCACUGCGUUUGAGAGCGGUCCUCUCGACUCGCCCAACACUUGUAUUUUCGUGGCAGGCCUCACUGAGGGGUACAACGCUGUUCCCUUCCUUCCUCCUUUGCAAUCGAAACUGGCCGACAUUGGCUGGUCAUUAGUCCAAGUGCAGCUCACCUCAUCCUACAAUGGCUUUGGAACUACCAAUUUACAAAAUGAUUCCGACGAACUGGAUCACUUGAUCAAGUAUCUGAAAAACGAGCGUAACAAGUCAAAAAUUCUGUAUCUUGGCCACUCAACAGGGUCUCAGGAUGGCUAUUGGCACAACAAGUAUGGCAAAAUGAGUGAAUCAGUGAUGGGAUACAUCUUGCAAGCACCCGUGUCGGACCGUCAAGUUAUGGAAGUCGAGCCGGAACAUGCAAAGUAUCUAGAACAAGCCAAAAAGCUGCGUGAGGCAAACCUGGGCCAGGAACUCAUGCCUCGGGCUGCAUGUGGUGAUAUUCCUAUCACUGCAGACCGUUUCUACUCGCUCGGUGGAGCUGGUGGCGAUGAUGACGUUUUUUCAACCGACUUGACCGAUGAAACGAUCAAGAGAUUAUACGAAGGUGUCAACCGGCCUACUGCCAUGGUCCAUGUAAAAGACGACGAGUGUUACGUCGGCAAGGAAGAUCAACUUGAACUCAUGAAACGCUUCCAGAGCUUUUGUCCAGCUAUUCGCAGAACAAUCGUGCUCGAAGAGGGUGGCCAUAAUGUCAAUGCCAAAGUGGGUCAAGAACAACUAUGUGAUUUUGUUGUAGAGUUUAUUCGACACAUAUCAUAAAAUGUGUAUACGGUUUCUUUUAAGGUGUCA